AUGUCCUUUCCGUGUCAACUACAACAACGCCGAGGUCCUUACGCGACUAAAGCAUGUGCUAAUUGCCGACAGAAACACAUAAGAUGUUCCGGGACAGCACCUUGCAAACAUUGUACACUACGCAAUAUCGAGUGUGUUUUUAUUAAUUCUGGUAAAAAACGCGGACCAAAGACGCCAUCUUCCAUAACCCCUAACGCGAAGAGUCAUGCAUCAAGUUUCCCACAACAACUCGACAAUUAUAUUCCUUUCUAUUUUAUUCCUUAUAGUGCAUUUCAAAUCAACGUUUCUGAAGAACCCGUUCAAUUUUUUAAUCAAGCAAAUUAUGUUGUGCAAGAUUUAACUUCUGACCUAUAUCAAAAUAAUGCGCCUUUUAUUCAUAAUGCCACUUUAGAUUUGCAUAAUCAUGAAAUUAUUUCUUCUAAUUUAGAUUAUUUGCAUUCUGACCGAUUUUGUAAUUAA